CUGUUCUUCUAUCGCCGAUGCGAUGCUGUUGCUAUUGCUUGGGUUUGAUUGACAGGAAACAUGUCGGUAUGGUGGGAGAGCGCCGGGAUGCAGCUGAUGGAAGAGGAGACGGGGAGUACCUGCACCCAGUUUAGAUAUCACCGUUAGAACUGUUAUACGGCACUGUAUCAUUAUCCGCUCUCUUAGGACACGGUAUCUUGAAGCUCUCUAGGUUUAUGUAAAAUAGUAAGCGCUUAUUGGUUUCCACCGAAGCCAUGGUGUUGCUGUAAUUUUAUUCCUCUUUGGCAGUAUAUAGUGCUUGAAUCAGCCCUCAUCAAAACCACAAACUGCACUACCCAGAUGAAAACACACCGCCAGGAUAUACAAAACGACAACAAUGGAGUCGCCUUUCACGUAGAUUCUCGCUUUUACAAAUUACAUAGGCUAAUUUGUCUCGACUUCACGCGUCUUAUUUACUUGUACGUGCUUGUUUUCCUUUUCGGUUGACCAAGAUCAUUUUCAACAGCAUUUUGAAAAGUACACAUUUAAUCGACUACUGCUGGCAAAUUAUGGACGAAGAUAAUAUGACAAAAAGCGAAGAGCAGCAUCUGAGUUUGCAAAAAGCCUUGCAGCAGUGCGAGCUGGUGCAAAAUAUGAUAGACAUAAGCAUUUCCAGUUUGGAAGGUUUACGGACCAAAUGUGCCACAUCCAACGACUUGACACAGAAGGAGAUACGUACGCUGGAGGGCAAGCUGGUGAAGUACUUCAGUCGGCAACUGUCCUGCAAGUGCAAAGUGCCCUUACAGGAGCGGAGCGUGGAGCUGGACGGCUUCCCUCGGCUCUGUACCUGGUUCCGCAUCGUCAACAUGAGGAAGGAGGUCACUGAGGAGAUCAGCCCGGGCCAGUUAACCCUGGAGGAGCUGCUGGACAUGAGCGAUGAGCAGGUGUGCGAAACUGUGCAGAAGUUCGGUGCCAACAUGGAGGAGUGUGCCCGCCUCAAUGCCUCGCUGUCCUGCCUCCGCAGUGCCCACAAGUCAGAACAACUCGAGGAUGACAAAUUGCAUACUAAUGGAGGUGGCAGCCUGGCCAAGCAGGAUUGUUCCAUCCAGUGGCCCACCAGCGAGUCCGGGAAGGAGAACAACCCGGCGUGCCAGCCUGAGCCCAGCCAAUGGAUCCGGCUGCAGCUCUCCCAGAGCCCCAAGGUUCAGUCCAAAUACAACCAGCACCAGCACCUGUGCCAGAGCCCCCAGGCCCUGGCGCCCGCCCUGCCACCCUCCUCCCAGGCCGACUGGCUGACAGUGGAUGCCCAUGCGGGCCUCCUCCCGUCCCUGGACUCAGGCUACCGCUCGCUGCCCCCGUCGCCUCGUCAGCGGCACUUUGCCCACACUCCCCCGCGGACGCCGUUGGUUGUCAACACCAUGACGCCACCGGGCACCCCGCCCAUACGGCGGCGGAACAAGGGGAUGAAGGCGCCGGUGACGCCGCCGUCCAGCCGCAAGCUCAUACACUUGCUGCCCGGCUUCACCACGCUGCACCGCAGCAAGUCGCACGAGUUCCAGUUAGGCAACCGCAUCGACGACAUGAAGACACCCAAAUCGAAGAAGAAGAACAAGCCCCUGAACCUAAAGAUCCCAAGCAGCGUGGGAAGCUGUGAGAACCUGCCCACCCAGCGUUCACCCGUCCUCACCGAGCGCACUCUCCGCUCCUUCUUCUUCCCCUCCUAUGUGCCCUCCACUCCGCCAGUCCACUCCGACACCAUGCCCUCUGCCAACACUCUCUUAGUGCCUCGAUGGUCCCCACAAUUUCCUCACCGAGACCUUGGAAACUCUAUCAAACACAGAUUUUCCACCAAAUAUUGGAUGUCUCAGACAUGUACAGUUUGCGGAAAAGGAAUGUUGUUCGGACUAAAAUGUAAAAACUGCAAGUUGAAGUGCCACAACAAAUGUACCAAAGAGGCCUCUCCAUGCCACCUGUUGAUCAUGCCCCGUGGAGGUAGGAUCUCUCCAGCGGGUAGUGAUGUUUCUCUUCUAAUGCUGGACCAUCAAGGAACAUCUCAAGCUAGAUUAGUCAGGACCGAGUCUGUACCUUGUGACAUCAACAACCCCCUCAGGUACACAGACCUGCACAUCAGCCAAACGCUACCGAAAACCAACAAAAUCAACAAGGACCACAUUCCUGUUCCGUACCAGCCAGACUCUAGCAGCAACCCUUCCUCCACCACUUCCUCCACUCCAUCCUCGCCAGCUCCUCCUCUUCCUCCCAGUGCCACACCUCCAUCACCUCUACACCCCUCCCCUCAGUCGGCACGGCAACACAAACCCUCAAGCCUGACAACCUCUCAUUACUUCAAAUACAAGCAGCAGUUCAUCUUUCCUGACCUGGCCCCAGAGGUUCCCAGCAGAGCACCACAGGUCGUUCUGCACCCAGUUCUGUCUGAGCCUGUUAACACCGGGAACCCUCUUCUGCAAAUUGAAGUGGAGCCAACCUCAGAUAAUGAGGAGGGGAACGAUGAGGCCGAUGACUCAGCGGACGAGUUUGAGGAGAUGAACCUAUCGCUGCUCUAUGCCCGCAACUUCCCACGCAAGGCCAGCCAGACCAGCAUCUUCCUGCAGGAGUGGGACAUCCCCUUCGAACAGCUAGAGAUUGGCGAGCUCAUUGGCAAGGGCCGCUUCGGGCUGGUCUACCAUGGCCGCUGGCACGGCGAGGUGGCCCUCCGGCUCAUCGACAUCGAGCGGGACAACGACGACCAGCUUAAGGCCUUCAAGCGCGAGGUGAUGGGAUACCGGAACACACGUCACGAGAAUGUGGUCCUGUUCAUGGGAGCAUGCUUGAACCCCCCGCACUUGGCCAUCAUCACUAGCCUGUGCAAAGGCAGGACUCUAUACUCAGUGGUGAGGGACGUCAAAGUCAUCCUCGAUGUCAACAAGACCCGACAGAUCGCUCAGGAGAUGGUUAAGGGAAUGGGCUAUCUGCAUGCCAAGGGCAUCAUCCAUAAAGACAUGAAGUCCAAGAAUGUCUUCUAUGACAAUGGUAAAGUGGUCAUCACGGACUUUGGGCUAUUCACAAUAUCUGGAGUCCUGCAAGGAGGAAGCAGAAGACAGGACAAGUUGCGAAUCCCAAGUGGAUGGCUCUGUUACCUGGCCCCUGAGAUUGUGCGUCAGCUCUCCCCCGACACCGAGGAAGACAAGCUCCCCUUCUCCAAGCAGUCUGAUGUGUUCGCUUUUGGCACUAUAUGGUAUGAGCUGCAUGCACGUGAGUGGCCUUUCAAGAACCAACCAGCGGAAGUCAUCAUAUGGCAGGUUGGCUCAGGCAUGAAGCCAAACCUCACCCAGAUUGGCAUGGGCAAGGAGAUAUCGGACAUUCUGAUGUUCUGCUGGGCUUUCGAGCAGGAGGAGCGGCCCACCUUCUCCAAACUGGUGGAUCUGCUGGAGAAGCUUCCCAAGCGCAACCGCCGCCUCUCUCACCCCGGCCACUUCUGGAAAUCAGCUGAGUAUGUCAAAUGAGUCAGGCAUGGAACAAAACUAAACUAAACUAAACAAACAAACAAACAAACAAACAAAAUCAAAGAGAGAGAGAGUAAACCAACAGACGUCCAGUGAAGCCUGCUCUAGGUCCACUCGGUGAGAGAAGGCAGCCACUGCCUAGUCUUAUGUUUCCAGUGAGAAGCUGGGUGUUUAGGUACUCAGUGUGUCCAAUCCUCCCUAAAGCGAUGAUUAGGAAGACAUUUUGUGUUUUGUUUUUUUUUACUUAAAUUUUUUUGUUUAAACAUUGAGAUUCAUGUUUUUCUGUUCUAUUGUUGUUUGGCCAUAUGAGGGGCAGCCUUUUUUUGUUCACCCAGUUGUUAUUUUUUUAAUAAUUGAUGUUUUUCGAUGUUUUAGUUUCUCAAUGUAAAGGUGUUUUGUGCCAUAAGUCAUGUCAUUGUGUAGUUAUAAUGCAUUUUUAUGAACAAAUGCAAAAGUCAUUUUCCUUCUGUGUCUGUGUGUGUGUGUGUGUGUGUGUGUGUGUGUGUGUGUGUACGUGUGUACGUGUGUACGCGCGUGUGUGCAUGUGCAUUCUUUUUUGUACGACAACAUGGGAUUGAAUGUAAAAACUAAAAUCAAAAACUGUGUUCCCUCUGAGAAAUGUACUUUAUUUUCCAGCUGUCUUUCUGCCAUUUGUCUUGCAUUGUCUGCAUUUCAAUCACUGAGCUUUACUCUUAAAGAGGCGAUACUGCGUAUCCUAUCUAUUGCUGAAUGUGAAUUAGCCCCCCCCCCCCCCCCCCAACUAUUUUUCGGGGAAUAUUGUAGGACAGGUCAUUCUGACCUAGUCAUUAUGUCAUGUCUCAUUGUCUUCACAAAAGACACUGAGAGCAUUUUGAGUAGUUGCCGUCCUGUUAGCCGUACCCUCAGGUGAUGACAAACACAAAGAGCCCUGCUAAACAGCCCCUUGCUCCAAAUGUGAGUAUGACACUUGAAAUGUAACAUUAUUACUGUGACUAACUCGUGAAUCAGUUUAACGAGAUGCUGUUACUGAGCCUAAAGACAACACAUCCUUUUUAUGUACACACACACACACACACACACACACACACACACACACACACAUGCAC